GCAAUGUCUAUGAAUACACAUUAGCGAUUGCAAUAUCUGUGCAUAAUGUACCAUAUCACUUUGUUUUUGUACAAUAAGUACGUUACCGGUAAUACCAAAAAUUAGGUAGAAAUCACACAUAGCCCGGGAUACUCGCCAAUUUAGACAUUUUUACUCAAUUACAGACAGAAAUAUUCGAGAAUAGGCAUAAGCAUUGUACCAUAACUUGCUGUAAACCACCAUGGGACAGGGACAAAGUAUCAACCCAGAAGAGCUCCAGGAGGACUAUUACAUCUUCUUCGACAAGAAUAAAGGCGACACUUACAAGUCAGAGAAGAACACUUACACACGUCUGGUGAACUACAAACGAGCUUUUGGGACAAAGUAUAUUCACAGACAGAAUGAAGUUGACAUUGCCAAUCUCUCAACCAACUUUUCAGUGGAUGCACAUGGGUCCUAUAAACCAUCUAUAGACUCUAGCAUUCCAUACGACAAGCAAUCAAUCUAUUCUGAAACCCAUUCUUAUAAGCAUUCCAUAGAUUCAGCAUAUGAAAAUUUGACUAGUGGGACCAGAACACUCGGUUCAAUUGAUAACUUGCAGGUAAAUGCGCAGAGUCCAAAACUAUCUCUAAGUGACCUGGAAAUCGCAGGAAGCAUCCUAGACAACGGGAAAAAAUACGCGCUGGAUGAAUAUGGAAGCAUUUUAAACAAGCCGUUCUGGCGAAAGGAUAGUAUAUCGCAAAAUGAAUCGGAUGAAGCAUUGCCACAUGAAGAUGUUGUAUACACAGAGUUUGAGGGUCCAGACGGUAAUGUAUAUAGUGGAUUCUCACGAUCUGGUAAGCUCUUCAAGGGGAGCAUCAAGUCCAUAGAUGGCCAAUACACUGGAGGCAUAUGCGACAAUAAACCACAUGGAUAUGGCAUAUAUACGAGGGAUCGAAGUGAAUAUAGAGGAAUGUGGAAAAAUGGCCUGCAACACGGUGAAGGUGUAUACUUGGACCUGGAUGACCCAAACUUUAAACGCGGUGUUUGGUGCAACGGAAAGUUGACGCGCUGGAAAGGACACAAUGUACAUACGUCCACGCUUUUAAAGGAAAUCAUGACAGAUCCACUCUCUCCAGAUAGUCUUGUGAGCUCCGCGUACACCAGUUUUGAUGUCUCGCCAACAAAUGCAUCACCGAUAAACUGGUCCUCCACAGGGGGACAAAUUUAA